AUGCUGUUGUUUAGCGUCUCAUUGCUGUUAUGGCUGUGCCAAACAGCGCUGGCGCAAUAUACCAGCGAUGACCUCAUGUCAUUCGUUACACUCCCUGAUGUUCGAGCAGUGAAUUUCAACGUCCAUUACUAUAAUCGUGAGCGCUUGACGCCCGGUUAUUGGUUCGUCGCUCCUUACCUACACAUGGGCCCCGAUAAACCAACGAGCCGAUACGAACAAUACCAGAUUGGCCCACAUAUCUACGAUGGCGAAGGACGCCUCAUCUGGACCGGCUCGCAACAGUUUGAUAAUCGCAAUGUCUUCGACUUCAAGGCCGUCAACAGUCUGGGCCCGGACCCACAUCUCUCAUUUGUGUUGCAACACUCCUGGGAUGGAGCAGAGGAUACGGGGUACGGGGUUAUCUUGACGAAUGACUAUCAAGUCCAGCGAAAACUUCCUCUGCGGAAGGACCUUGGUAUUUUUGACAUUCAUGAGUUCAAGAUCCUGGACGAUGGCAAGACUGCACUGCUUACCAUUUAUCUCUCUCACGAGAUUACCUUGGAGGAAUUUGGUCGUCCUGGAGAGCCUACAUGGCUCGAGACUGGUGGAUUUGCUGAGAUCGAUUUGAACACUGCGGAAGUCAUCCAGUGGUGGGAUUCCUUCAAUCGCAUUCCUCUGCCUGAAAGUGUUCAUUAUCACCCAAAUUCCCCUGCGGAGGGACAUCCUGGAUGGGAUUAUGUGCAUAUCAACUCCGUGGACAAGAAUGCAAUUGGAGACUACUUGAUCUCUGCUCGUUUCACAAAUACCAUUUACCUUAUCUCCGCCAUCAAAGGAGACAUCAUGUGGCGAUUGGGUGGGCAAUAUACUGAUUUCGAGCAAGACUUCGUGUUUUCGAAGCAGCAUGACGCGAAAUUCGUGGAGUCGAAUGGAACACACCAUAUCAUUUCAUUUUUGAACAACGCAUCGGACGAAGAAUUCAAUGAGGAAAACCUAUCGGCCUCCAUGUUUGUCGAAUUGGACACCAGUGUGAGACCCAUGACUGCCAGGGUGAUCAAACGCUAUAACCGCCCCGAUCGACAGCUCUCAAGACUCCGUGGUAACACCCAGCUACUUCCAAACGAGAACGUGUUCACCUGCUGGAGCAAAGAGGGCUAUCUCUCUGAACAUGCCCCCGACGGCGAACUAUUGAUGACCGCCAAUUUCACCUCUGACCGUUAUUCAUCUUACCGUGGAUACAAAUUCGAUUUCACCGGUCGCCCCCAGACCCCACCAGACAUGGUCGCAUCAGUCUUCGGCACCGACGAAACGAACAUGGUCACCACGUUCUGGGUCAGCUGGAACGGUGCGACGGAUGUCGCAUGGUGGCAUUUCUACGCGCAAGCCUCUGAAUUCCACGUCCCCGUCCUCAUCGGCAAGACCCCACGAUCCGAUUUCGAAACCAUGUACAUUGGAAGCGGAUAUCUAGACUGGGUCUCUGCCGAAGCUGUUGACGCCAACGGUACCGUCCUGGGCAAGUCCGAGGUACACCGCAGCAAAUCUCCCAACUGGGAGUCAGCCGGAUAUCGGGGAAAGACAACCCCACCUAUGCCAAUCGACCCAUCGAUCGUGUACCAAACAGGCGAAAGCUCAGGGGAAAGUGUUGUUGACGGCGCUGGUCGCACAUCUUCGGAUGCAGUCGAUACCCAAACACAGAAGACCAUCCAGGUCCAGAAGCACACCUACGAUGUGAUCCGCAAUAUCAGCGGUUUCUUCUCUUUUGUCUUACUUCUUUGUCUGUUUGUCAUCGUCAUCGCUGGGUAUCUCGUCAUCCGUGGCUGGCGGGUCCGGCUAUACCAACGUUCUCCCAUGGAAGAUGGGCUCCCCAGUGAGCGGGCGCAUCUCGCAUCGCUGCAUCGGGAUUGA